CUCAGAAAUUUUCUAAUAUUUUGUAAAAAUAUUUCUGACAUUAACAUAAUUUUUUUCUCUUGAAUUUUCUUUUACUUUUGAGCCCAGAAAUGUCAAAGUUAUUUCUAGAAAAUUUCUGAGAUUAAUUCUGAGUUUUGGUGGAACUUUAGUCCUUUUUUCUAUCUACAGCUUCACAUCUGUUGAGACUGAAAGAAUAGUUUCAGAUCAAAGCAACAUCUGGCAUUUCAUAAAGCUUGUCUAGAUAUUCAUUUAUAUAGAUAUACACACAUAGUUCUAGUUUAAGUAAGAUGGAACAGUGAAGUUCUAAUUAGUGCAAUAUAAAAAACUGAAUAAGGAAAGAAUUCACUCAUAUAGAACUGAAAACUGAAUCCAGGAGCUGAAGUAAUAUUAGUAAUAUGAGUAAUAUUAGUGAUAAUAGUGAUAAUAGUGAGUUAGUUCUCAUCCCUUCUUCAGUCUGCAUGAUCCCGGUCUCCCUCUGAGCCCUGGGGACCUGGUAUUGAUCGGCGCUGUGUAGGUAGUGAUUGGACAUGAGUGGAUAAUUUCCUUUGCUACAUUAGAGUCCAUUACUGGACCCGCUCUCCGGAAAGUGAAAGACAUCCUCAAAAGAAAAAAAAAAAAAACGACAGAGAAUGUUCUUGGAAAUGGAUUCUUCUCACAGAAAUGAUUUAACGUCUGAAGAUCCUCAAAGUUUCUCUUCAGGUUUGGAGACGAUGACGGAGUGAAGCGGCGUGGAGAUUCCUGCUGGAAACGCUUCAUUUAGCUAAACCCAGCUGGUCUUUCCCAUUUAUUCAGAGGAAACUUAUAACAGACUUUAAUUUAGAGAGGCAGCGCCACACAGCUGAAUGUUUACUGGGGUCCGAUCAGAAAAACCAGAACACAGUACAGGGGAGAUGGAGCAGGUCAAAAAUGUAACAAAUUAACUGUUGGCUUUGCUUUGGAGGCUGAUGUUACUAACACAAGAAGAAGAAAUUAUUUGAGGAUUUGGUCUAAUUAGACUUUUUCACCUGCUGAUGUAACUUCUGACAUAAAUACUGAGAAAUUGUUUCUUGUGAUAAACACGGAUUAGAGUCUGGAAAACGAAUCAUUUAAAAUCUGAUGAGUCUGGAAAGAUGGACUCCAGAUUUAAUUCUCCUUCCAGGUUUGUGUUUUUGUUUCCAUCCAAUCAGCUUCCAGUGUUUAUUUAUAGAAGUCAAAAAGGAGCAACAGGAACCCAGAGCAGGAACAUCGGCUGUCUGACCUCACAGGGUUCGGUUUGUGGGAGCCUUGGCUUCAUAGCUAACUUUUAAAAAUGUUGAGAAAAUGACUGAGAACUCAACUUUGACCUGCAGAACUGGUACAGACAGCAGAAAAAACUUGGAAAUUUGAACUUUUUUGUACUUUUUGAGGCGUAUGGGAACACAGUACAGGCGUGCCUCUGUUAUAGAUGUCAUCAUUUACAUACACGGCUGCUAAAUACAGAAAAUGCUAACUACAUUUUACACCAUAUUCUGGCGCCCCCUCUAGGGCAGCGCCCCUGAGGGUUUACCCAUUUUUAUCAAAACAGUCACUUCCAAUAACUUCCAGAAACUCCUGAAUUUGCGGCCAAAUUUAGUAUUUAGUUAUUCGGGUCUUAAUUCCUCCGCUGGGUGAAAACUGGUUUGUUUUGGAUGUUUUGAGGUCUGAGCAGCAGCAGCUGAUGAUGAUGAUGAUGAUGACAGCAUCUGCGCGCCUGCAGGUGACUCCUUUAAGACCAGGGGGAGGAAGAGGAGGAGGAGGAAGAGGAGGAGUGCAGCGGGUCGCCACGUUUCACCACAUUACAUUUUCUCUGCCCGGUGACCUGGAGCCUCUUCCUGCUGGUCCUGAUGCCGCCGCCGCCGCUGCUGCUGCUGCUGCUGCUGGGGCCAUGAAGCAGCUCUUCCCUCCCUCUGGUUGCCUCGGGAAACUCGCCUCCUCCAUCAUAUUAAUGGGAUAAUAAUGUGAUUGAUUGGUCAUUUCCGCGGAGAAAUGCUGUUUGCUGCUUCCUGAGAGCGCAGGGUCUUCAGAGAACUUUCCUCCUGCUGGUGAGGAGGAGCCGGACAGGCAGGAGAUUCAUUCAGGUUUUAUUUCCCAGCUUCUGCUCCGAGGAGGAGGAGGAACAUGGAGCGCCUCCGCGGCUCUCCGGAGCGCAUCAGGCGGUUCCAGCAGCGGGAGCUUCCGGCUGCUGAUGUGCAGCUCUGCGAGCGGACCGAGCUGUAGCGGAACCGAACCGAGCCGGCUUUCAGCGCGUCGCAGUGGAGGAGGGGGGGAGGAGAAGGAGGAGGAGGAGGCAUCUAUGCAAUUUUAUUUUGACUUUGCAUUUUAUUAUGAGCGCAGAGGAGGGAGAUGCUGGACCGGCGGCGGGAGAUCCGGCCGCCAAGCAACGCCUCACCUGGGAGGAGAGCGACCCGCUCGGCUCCCAAGGACGUCCGCAGCCCGACGGCGAGGAGGAGCCGCAGCCGGGAGAGGAUGAGGAUGAGGAAGAGGAAGAGGAGGCAGAGGGCCGCGCGCGUGCGGCUGACGCUGAGAAAAUCAGCGGGGAGGAAAACGGGGGCAACACUUCCAGCGAGGAGGGGGCGGUGGGGGGCAGAUGUGGCAAAACGCAGGCGAUGCCUUCAACCUGCAGCAGCGAGACGUGCAUCCCGACCCCGAGCUGCAGGAUCUGCUUCCAGGGAGCGGAACAGGGCGACCUGUUGAACCCGUGCCGCUGUGACGGCUCGGUCCGCUACACCCAUCAGCAGUGUCUGCUGAAGUGGAUCAGCGAGCGCGGCUGCUGGACCUGUGAACUCUGCUGCUACCGCUUCCAGGUCAUCGCCAUCAACAUGAAGAGACCGUGGCAGUGGCAGCCCAUCACCAUCACGCUGGUGGAGAAGGUCCAGAUCAUCGCCGUGUUCCUGGGCUCGCUCUUCCUGGUGGCCAGCAUCUCCUGGCUGCUCUGGUCGGCUCUCAGUCCGCAGGCCGUCUGGCAGCGCAGAGACGUCCUCUUCCAGAUCUGCUACGGCAUGUACGGCUUCAUGGACCUGGUCUGCGUAGGCCUGAUUGUCCACGAGGGGGCAGCAGUGUACAACGUGUUCAUGCGCUGGCGGGCGGUGAACCUCCACUGGGACGUCCAGAGUUACGACAAGGCCAAGGACAUGGAGGAGACGAGCACCGGCCCCUCCUCGCUGGGCCCCAGGACGCUCUGGUUGCCCCUGGCAACGUUCGGGCCCAGCGGGCCGCUGCACCCCACCCAGCUCGGGCCGCGGCCGUGGACCUGCCUCUGUCUGGCCCCGUUCUGCCCCGGGCUGGUGCCCGGAAACAGCCUGAGCCAGGACGCCGACUCGGGGGAGGUGGUCAUCCGCGUGACGUCGGUCUGAGCCUCGACAGGUGAAACUGUACCUGACCGUUCAUCCGCGUGACGUCGGCCUGACCUCAGUUCAUCCGCGUGACGUCGGUCUGAUCCUCAGGUCAUCCGCGUGACAUCGGCCUGACCUCGGUUCAUCCGCGUGACAUCGGCCUGACCUCGGUUCAUCCGCGUGACAUCGGCCUGAGCCUCAGUUCAUCCGCGUGACGUCGGCCUGACCUCGGUUUAUCCGCGUGACGUCGGUCUGACCUCAGUUCAUCCGCGUGACGUCGGUCUGAGCCUCAGUUCAUCCGCGUGACGUCGGUCUGACCUCGGUUUAUCCGCGUGACGUCGGUCUGACCUCAGUUCAUCCGCGUGACGUCGGUCUGAGCCUCGGCAGGUGAAACUUUAGUCUGAACGUUUCUGCAUUUAUUGGUUGCUGCUUUUCCGGUGUUUGCGAUGAGUUGGGCUUGUAGUUUGUCCCCAAACCAACCUCAGCCAGAUAAAGAUGGAUCUGUUCGGUUGGCACUGUGACGUAUUCCUCUCAUCCAUCAUGAACAGUUUACAUCGUAGCAUAUAAGACCAAACUGUUGUGUUGCAUCCGGGUUCUCUGGUACUUUAACGCCGCAUCAGGAAGAUCAUUUCAGUCCAACUGAAGCACAAAUCAGUCACUGUUUUAGAUUCCUUUGAGGUCAUCAGGACAAGCAGCUCCUAAAGGAUUUAAAUGAAAAACACCACAAAAAGGUUGAAAACGUUUAGUGCCAAGAAGUUUAGUCAGGAAUUCGUUGGCUGUAUUCAGAUUUUAAGCACUGUGAGGCAGAACGACGUCAGAAACUCAUUUUUCUUCUUCUCCGAGGAAACGACUCUUUUGGUUCUUGCGUUUCACCUGUCAGGUUGUAAUAAAAAUGUUUCUUCUGGCUCAGAUUUGUAAAGGCACAAUUUGGAGUUUGGUCUUUGACUAGGCCACUGCAACACUUCAUCCUGCUAACUGCGUCCUGACAUGGACGUGUCGAGUUUCUGUGAAUAUUUUGCCUCUGGGAUGAUUAGCAGCUUCCUUAAAUGAUUUGUUAACAUAAUAAACUUUCCCUCUGUAUUCUGAUGGACCUGAAACAUUUAGGAAACGACCUCAUAAUUUUUAACGCGCCUGUGUGAUCCAGAGUGUAACGAUGAUAAAACUCCUGCUUUUACAGACGGUUUAAGCUGCUGACGGUCAGUUAAUCUGUGUACUGGAGGUUAGAGUUAUAUCAUUUUACAGAAUGAUGAAUAGAUUAGUUUUAUGUUCUGACAGAGAAAAUCUAAAGACUGAAUCUCUUCAUCAUAACCUCUCUUCCAUCUGCCACAUUCCUGAGCAAAAACAAAAUCUGAAUCCAUCUUAGUCACGAUUGAGACGUUUUCUGCAUGGAAGCAAAGAUGACGAAGAAAUCUUAAAUGGUUUUUCAAUUUAGUUGUUUUUUUGUAAAUCCCAGAAGAAAUAUGCGGGAAGGAAAACUAAAUUUCAUUCCCGCUAAACCCUCGGUGCAAUUCUGCAGGUGGCCACUAGAGACAGGCUGGAAAACAUCUGCAGACUGAACUGGAUCAGGCUUAGAAACGAACCGGAUCUUUAGAAAAAUGCCAAACUGAUUAUAGUUCAUCCAAAAGAAGACGGCUGAGAUUCAGAAGCCAGUUUGGCUACAAUGAGCACAAACUGACGUCAGAAUGGUGUUGAUUUUCAUUUAUGAUGCAGGAAGUCAUUUAUGUUCCUGUUUUCCUUCAUCGGCUGGGAUAUGUUGCUAUAGCAACGUUCGACAUAAAAGUGUUGGGAUAAAUGAGACGUUUGGGCUCGCUGGGUUUUUGGUUCUGGGGGAUUUUGGAUCAUUUUGGUUCUUUUGGUGCCUUAAGAGGCUGAAUAUUAACGUCUCAUUGUGCAGCACAGAUAUGACUUGAAUGUGACUGUAUUUGUUUCCUUUGUAUGUAACCUGGUUGUCAUGUAUAAAGAAUGUUUGUACACAGACAGA